UUACCCAUCACCUGCGCUUUGCUCCUCCCUCCCCUGCGACCCACUUGGUCCCCAUCCCCUGUCUAAGUCGAGCAUUAGCACACUUUACAUCGAACUCCAUCACAAUGAACACAAAAAGUUCUGAACAAAAAGGCCCUUCGCGCAAUGAAACGCGCCGAAAUCCAGCAACUGGCGAAGCGAGAGGGUGUUCGCGCGAACGGUAAGACGUUGGAUAUCAUCGACGCGCUGGUGUCCAGGCAUCCCGAUGGUGUUGAACCAUUGAAAAAGGAGCAAGGGCCCGUUAGAAGGUCGAGACGUUUCGACACCGGCGCGGAGCCCAAAGAAGAGGAGGUAGAAGAGGAGAUCACAUUUCAACCUGCGAUAUACGGUGGAAGUAUAUCACAAUGUAACUCAUCAUCUCCAUUAUCUUCAGAGCGUCACUUACCCUUUCUUAGAUAGACCGCCAAGGCUGAGAAAGAAGCCGAAGGUCGUCGUCGAGGAUGUGUC